ACGGAAGAAAAGAGCCAUAUUCAGCUGCUUGGAGGAUGGAAAGAGAAGACAGCGCCAUUGAACGGGUAGGAUCAACGUUCAAGGACAAGCCUAGUGACGAUGAAAAGGUUGAGCUUGAGAGACAACGGGCUCUUUACGAACAACAGCUGAAGUACAUGGAGAAGCUGAUCUCACUGAAUAGCACGAGGGGGUGCGAGGUCGUCAACGUUGUUGUUGAAGGGACAGAGCACCUCAGAGACGAUUUCAUCGCCCGUCAUAUUCAGCCUCUGAUCCAGGCGAAGAACCUACAGUCGCUGAUGCUUGGAGUGAAUGCCAUGAAUGACACGCUGAGAUCAUCAGGCGCUGUUAAGGACCUUGCUGUCUGUAUCAAUGGUAUGAGCUCAAACCGUGGCGUGCUUGUGGUGCAGCCAAAGCUGAAACUGAUCCCAAUAAACAAGUUCAUGGCGAAAACAGGCACCAACGUUGGCAACGGCGAAGGUGAUGGUUAUAUGACAUUCCAGUGGAGAAACAUCUUUGGAGGCGGCGAGAACUUCAUCGUCGACGCCACCACUGGCACACGGACGAGGUCGUCGUACCUGGUGAACUAUAACGCUCCGUUCAACGAGUCUCUCACGUGGAGAUGGGAUACAUCGGCAUAUGCAACCAGUAGGAACAUUGACUGGUCAUCUCACGAACAAGUGCUGAAAGGUCUGAAGACGAAGAUAUCACAGGAUGUCAAUGGCGUCACACAGGAGUGGAGUCUUCAAUCUGUGAUACGCUCAGUCAAACCGUACUCCCUGGCCCCUUCAAAGACAAUAUUGGCACAUGCUGGCGACGAUUUGAAGGUCUCUCUGGGCUACGAUAUCAAUAUUGAUACGAGAGAUGAUAAGGUGCUUCCAACGACGGGCUGGAAGCUCGGCUUACAGAACGAAAUUGCUGGACUAUCCAAGUUCUCCACGUCACAUUUCCUCAAGCAGACCUUCGAGGCCAAUUGGGCCACCAAUUCCAACAGCAACAUCUUGAACUGCUCUCUGAGAGGUGGUUGGCUAUACACACAGGACGACUACUCGCACGUGAUGGACAGAUUCUACCUGGGAGGACCAAACGAUGUGAGAUCUUUCUUCUACAAUGGGCUGGGUGCUAGAGACCAGGGCGAUUCUCUGGGAGGCGAUGCCUUUAUAAGCGGUGGCGUGAGUGUCUUCACAAGAUUCCCCUUCAUUAGAGAAUCUAGUGGGUUAAAGCUUCACUCCUUCGUGAACUUUGGCUCUUUAGUUCCAUGGGACCAUAAUGAGCCACUCUUGAAGCUGCUGAACGAUCUGGCACAUCCAUCUGUCGGGUGUGGAUUCGGUGUUGUGUUCAAGCACCCAGUGGCUCGUCUGGAGCUCAACUUCGUGCUGCCGUUGGUUGCUCAUGAACACGAUGCUUUACGGAAGGGAUUCCAAUAUGGAAUUGGACUACAAUUCAUGUGA